GUUAACAAAGUAAAACGAUCGUACCUGUUGUAAACGUGACUACAGUGACCUAAUAAACCGAUCGGGUUGGAUGACCUUACAAAUGUAAUACAACUCUUGUAAGCUCUAUACAAACACUGCGUACGGACGUGAUCUCUGACAUAGUGUAUACAUUGUGAAAAGUGUUAAACUAAGUGGAAUUUAUUAUGUUAAUGUGAAUUAUAUUCUGAAGUGGUGAACUAUGCGACAAACAGAUUCUAUUAUGCAAGUUGACUCGUGGCAGCACGUGGGCAGUUUCGCCUUGAGCAACAAGGAAAUGCUUGAGCGCGGAGUUCUUACUGACGUCACUAUUGUAGCUGGAUCAAGUGGGGAGAGACUCAAGUGUCACAAAUUUAUACUGGCGAGCAGGUCCCCUGUGUUGUACACGAUGUUCUGUGGGGCUUUGCCGGAGACAGACGGGCACAUUUUGGUACCGGACAUUGAAGCAUCUGUCCUUAAGCAAUUUCUCAGCUAUUUGUAUUGUGGACAGUGCAGUAUCAACAAUGAGACCGUCAUGGCAUUGAUGUAUGCCGCAAACAAGUACGAUGUCCUUUUGUUGUUGAAAGAAUGCAGUAAAUAUUUGGAAGAAAAUAUCAACUCCGAAAAUGUAUGCACCAUUUUGAACCAAUCGAUUCUGUUUGAAGAAAACGUUCUUGUGAAUAGGUGCCUUCUUUUCAUCUCAAAACAUUCAAGCGCAGUGUUUCAGUCUGAAAGCUUCGUCACGUUAUCGAAACCAGCAUUAAAAGCCAUUCUUGAGCUCGAUGCACUGAAUUGUGAUGAAUUAAAAGUUUACCAUGCCACUAAAAAGUGGGCCGUAUAUGCUUGCAAAGAGGUCAAGGAUAGCUCAAUAAGGGAAACAAUGGCGGAUCUUCUUCAUCUUAUCCGAUUUCCAACAAUGGAUAUUGAAGACUUCAAUAAGUAUGUUGGAUCUGAAGAAGUUCUUAACAAGCUGGAAAAGGAAGAUAUUAAAUCUGCUAUCCAGCUUGGUAAAAGUUCGUCAUACUUCAAAAGUAAGACCAGAUGUCCGGAUUGUGCAUCACCAUUCAAAAUUGAAACGACACACAAGAUAGAACGUGGUUGGGGCUGUGGAAGUCAAAUUCAGGAAGGAAUAAAUUUCAGAAUUUCUAGACAAGUGAAAUUGCGAUCGGUAGCCUUGUAUUUGCCCUGUGUAGGCGGAUCAGUGUGUGGAAUUUUAAACAUCGAAGAAAAUGGUAGUUCAAUGCAUUCACAGAAGGUUGUACUAAGAUUUGACAAAGAUGAAAGGUUUAAAUAUUUGAAACUGAAUUCACGCGUGACAUUGCACGUUGGGCCUAUGUACUCCUUACGGUACAGAACAGAAGGCACAUGCACGUGGGUUUCGCAAUUGGAUCAGGAAACGCAGACCAUUAACAACAUAGAUAUCGAAUUUGAACCCGACCAGAAGAGCACAAUGACAUAUGGACAAGUCCAUGGAUUUGAAAUCGAAUAGUAGUGCACUGACUUUAUUGUUAUUUUACACUAAUUUAAAAAUUUGAAAUAGUUAUUGCAUUGAAAUUAAAUACGAGAACUUUAUGUUCAUUAUAAGGCAAAUGUAAUUUAAAUGAAUAAGUUAAGUGCAGAUUUUACUAUGGUUGCAUAAGAAAUCGCUGUGAUUAGCUAUGUCGAUGAACAUUAUUUCUAUAAAAUGAAUGUCUUAUUAAAAAAAGUUAAAUUCAGCUUAUCAAUUUCUGAUUCAUAACACAUCAUUAAGUGAGAUAUCUUAUGAAAUCUGCCCUCUCACCAAUUGAUUGUUUUGACAACUCUAAUAGUUUUAUCUUUAAUGAGCCAAUUUUGUCGUAAAUGUCUGGAAAUCAGUGAUAUUAGACAUCUGACAAUAUCAAAUCUCAGUUAAUCAUAUUUACGUUCGAAAAUGGAUGUUUUUUGGAUAAAAGCGUUACUAAUGCUGUAAGUAAAAAUGAAAUUUUUGGCAGUUUACCAACCACUUGAGAUUUGUUUUUAUCGUGAAUAAUCUAAUAUGACUCAAUUAAAUACAUUGAUGCCCAAAUCAACCGAUUCCGAGACUAGUAUAUUUAAAAGAGUUAAAAAUGACUACAAGCAGGUUAACGAACACCCUUUUUGAUCACAAGGGUCAGUAGACUAUGCAGCAAAAUUUAGUUUGUCAUAACUUGUUAAUAGAUUUGCGUUUAUGGUGAAAGUUUUUGUCCAUGUUAAACUAUUGGUAUCAUAUCUUACGUCCAAAAAUGAAGAUUGAAGAAGU